UUGUCUGUCACUUUUACCAGACCCAACUAUCAUUACCUUUGCUUUCUACUUUCGAUAGCAAGAUGAAGUCUUCAGUAUUGAUAGCCUUGAGGUUGUGCGGCCUCCUUUCGGGCAUCUCGCAUACAGUGGAUGCCUUCUCGGGGACUGCGGCGAGUAUUCCCACAAGUACGCCGACUCCAACCUGCCUGCCUCGAUAUUUGGGGGCCAAAUCGAGCGAGAAGAAAGCUAGCCCGCCGUGGGGUAGCCGGACAUGCGAAUCUGAUCCUGAGAAUGUGCCUGACACUGGCGUCGUACGAAAAUAUGAAUGGACGAUACAACGGGCUGUCCUUGCACCGGAUGGAUUUGACACUUCUCACUGUCAAUGGCCAGUUCCCUGGGCCUCUCGUUGAGGCCAACUGGGGGGAUAUUGUCGAGGUCACCGUCCAUAACAACAUCACGGGUCCGGAGGAAGGCACAGCAAUGCAUUGGCAUGGCAUACACCAGCAAGGGACUGGGCUCAUGGACGGAGUCAGCGGUAUCACGCAAUGCCCCAUUGUACCUGGUGGAAGCUUUACGUAUCGCUGGAGAGCCAGCACGUAUGGCUCGACUUGGUACCAUGGCCAUCACGCACUGCAGUAUGGUGGAGGGCUGUGGGGUCCUAUGGUUAUCUACGGCCCUUCUCACGUCGAAUACGAUCUCGACUUAGGACCUGUUACACUCUCCGAUUAUUAUCACUACCCUUACGAGAAGAUUGCCUCGGAUGCUAUAUCGACCAGUAACGAUACCAGUGUUUACGCCCCCAAUUCGAACAACCACUUGAUCAACGGAAUGAAUCACUUCAAUUGCUCAUUGGCUCCCGCAAACACGACCUGCAAGAGUAAUGCCCCACGCGCAUCGCUGAGAUUCAAGUCUGGCAAAGUGCACAAACUCCGGUUGAUCAACACAAGUGUCGAAGCUAUGCAGAUCUUUUCCAUCGAUGGCCACAAGCUCAUUGUGACCACAAUGGACUUCGUGCCCGUAGAGCCUUACGAAGUGGAGUACAUAAUCCUCGGCGUCGGCAUGCGAGCUGAAGUUCUCGUAAAGGGAAAUGGAGACCCGACGCGGUCGUACUACAUGCGCUCGAGAAUCCAAUGUGCUGUCACGAAAGUCAACGAGACACUAGGCACUAUCUUCUACGACGAAACGCCUUCCACGAUUGUGCCAGUCACCAAGACCGUUGCGGCUCUGCCAAACUUCUCUUCGACAUGUGGUGAUCCUGAUCUUCACUUGAAAAAGCCGAUUUAUAAGAAGCGUGUUCCUAAGCCCGACUUGACAUUGCUCUACGACAUCGAAUUUCGAGCCAACGCUAGCGGCAACCAUGAAUGGUUGAUGAACAACGUCACUUUCCAAGCCGACUGGAGCCGUCCUUUGUACAUUGAGGCGGUAGAUGGCCAUGCCGAGUAUCUCAAGGACCCCCAACACAUCUUGGCCACGAUUCCUGACGAUGUCCGCCAUGUUCGUGUUAUCCUCAACAACCAUUUCUCUGUCCAUCCGAUGCACAUUCAUGGCGGUGACUUCCAGAUCCUGAGCGAAUCAGACGGGUUCUAUAACGGCAGUCUCAAGUAUCCUAAGAAUCCGGCCCGCGCCGACACGGAACUUCUCCGACGUAACGGCAAUCUUGUUGUGCAGUUCGAAGCCAAAAACCCGGGAAUUUGGAGUUUCCACUGCCAUACUGCGUGGCAUGCCAGCGUUGGUCUCUACAUCAACUUCCUGGUCAAGCCAAAGAAAGUUCAGCAAAGUAAGAUCCCUGACGACGUACGCGAGGUUUGCGCGGCUUGGGAUGACUAUAGACAACUGCAUGGCGAGAAUGCUCUACCUUUUGACAGUGGGCUUCGAUAAGACCUGGAUGUUCGGCAAAAAGAUUGUCAUCUUGUGAAUUUGUGUUUGGGGCUGUCGCUGUGACGUAAAAAUGAUGGAUCUUGCAUAGCGAGGAGUUCAGUUGAUUGCUUAAUACUUUCAUCUAAUCACUUAGUAUAAUUAUUUAGCUCAUGAAGCAAGAACUGCACUUGUAGAAUGAGCUCUUUACUUCAACUAUGCACCGCACAAGCGCGAAGUCAGACCCGAGAGUA